ACGACGGGGUUAUGGACCCAAAUCCAGGCCUAAGUGAGCAUGUGGAUCUUUGGUUAUGGAUCACUUGUAUGGAAAGUGGACUUUCCAUAUCAUCAGCGUGUAGUCGGUUAUAUCAAGGGCUAUAUUCGGAGGUUCUGGCAGGCGAGUAUUGAUCAUCGUGGCGUACCUGGCAAGCCGGGCAGAGUUGUUACUUUAGUUCCAUCGGAGGACCCAGAGGCUCAAGUAUGGGGUGUGGCCUAUGAAAUUCCUCCGGAGCAAGAGAUGAGCGUUACAAAGCAAUUGAACGAUCAAGUGUGGGGCAUGGCAUACAAGAUAAGUGAGGAAGACCAAGAGAAAGUGAUGGCACACCUUGAUCACCGUGAGAAAGAUGGUUAUCAUCGUAAAUGAGUGCUCUUUCACCCCCAAGACACUUCAAUCCAACCUUGGCAGCUUACUCUCUACUUAGGAGCAGAUUCCAAUCCCUUCUAUACAGGUCCAACAAAUGAAGACACCAUUGCCGACAUAAUAGCUUCAGCAGUUGGUCCAAGUGGGCCUAAUUCUGAGUAUCUCUUCCAGUUAGCUGAAGCAAUGAGAGUUGUAGGAGCAUCUGACACUCACCUGUUUAGUAUUGAAACAAAAGUGAAAAAUUCCUUGGGGGUAUGUAGUAAUAAAUGAUCAAUUAAGUUAUUCUCACACCCAAACUAAACUAUAUCAAUACAUUUACUGUAAGUGAAAAAUUUCUUCAGCCUUUGUAGGGAUACAAAGAGACUUAAACUAAACAUUUAAUUACUAUUACUUUCUUUUUGUCAUUUAGUAUUAUAAUAGUUUGUAAGAUAGUAAAUUUCCAAGAGGCAUCAUGCCAUUAGAUCCUCAGAUGAGUUUAUUUUAAGAUAUGACAGGUAUGUUUCACAUUGUUGUACGUUUUGCUUUUAAGCCUUCAUCUUGCCAGUAAUUUGUGUUCCAACUCUUGUGCUGUGUACAAGGUUUAAGCCCAACAUCUAUUUAAGGCUAUCAGUAUCACUAUAGCCUUCUCUAUCAGUUGAGAGGAAAUAUUAUCUCUGCCUGUCAGCAACUUUGAUAGGGGCUAAAUGGUAUUUUAGUACUAUGAGUACAACAGAUUUCCCUUACAGCUCUUCUCCAGGUACCUCCUCUUUUUAGAAAACUUUGUUUAGUGUAAACUCGUAUUUUUAUGCACAGAUUAUAUAGACUACAUCUUA